UCCUACGUUGACAUUUUAAUAGAAUACAUUGAAAAAUAGAGUUCAGUAUUAUUUGUUUUCCACUAUGCAAAUUGGUAAAGACUUAGUAUUGUUCAAAAUAUUAAAGAGAAAUAUGGCAAAAGUUCCUGACUAUACAAUAUAUAAGAUAGAUGAGAUACCAGAAUUAAAAAAAGUAAGAGAUAAGUUGAAAAAAGAAGGACUAUGCAAUCCAUGGCUGAGAAAUGAAGCAUGGCGUUUUAAUCGUAAGUAUUUUUUGACUCAACGCCAGAGAACAUUCAAACUGUUUGCGAGGGGCUUCCCAUUGGGUGCCGCUUUAACUGCUUUGACACUUGGUAUCGAAAUGAUGAUUGGGGAUGAACAUGGAGGCCAUGGAGACCAUGAAGAAGAUCCAUGCAAAAAUCUGGAAACCCAUGAAGAUCAUGGAGGUCAUGAAAAAAAGGUGGAAGAACCAAGUAAGAAGUGAGAAGAAGAAUUGUACAUUCAUGGACUCAUUGACAUCCAGAGCAAAGACAAGUUUACAUGGAAAUGAACAUAUCUAGGGUUCAAAAGGGAAUUCACUAUGUAUAAUU